AUGGACAGAUACAAAAGCUUCUUCCUAGCUCUCUUGGUCAUAGGGAUUUGUCAUGCCUUUGCCGAGGGUGCACCUAAAAAGAUGAAGAGUGAAAGAUUAUGCAAUCAGUGUUCCACAUGUGAUACAAGUAGAUGUCCUGCAAGUGAAGCCUACCCUCACAUGACUGCAUUUGAUAACACACUCAUUGCUGGAGCUUUGCAAUCCGACUAUGUGGAUGCCAAAGACAGAGGAGUUUAUUCAGUACCAAAUAUUGUAGGGGGUGAGUCCAAAGAGUUUAAUGCUUAUUUUGGGUGGCAGUCAACUUCGGGUGCAGCUUCUGGCUAUCACAGGUUUAGCAACUAUAUGGACAAGUGUUCAGGGGGUCAAAAUUACCUCACAGUUGACAAGCAUGGCAAGGUGAGACUUCGGUCUCUUGAAUCCCUGGAGAGUUUGGCUGAAGCAGAUUGGAAGUCUUACAACCCACCUCCGCACCUGAAUCACCGCGAAUAUCGAUUCUGGUUCUCCCGCAGCACUGGAAAGUGCCUCACUGUUUUUGGAGGAAAGACAAAUAAACGGAUUGUUGGUGUAGCUGACUGUAAAUUCAACGGCGCAAACCUUGGACAGUUGUUUGCCUUCCGUUUCCAUUACCACAACACCUUUUGCUGUUGUAAUCUUCACAACAAUUAGUUUUUGAAGUUACAAGCAUUCUCAACAAAAAAUAUCAUCAAUCUCGCAAAUCUUGGGCAGUCAUUUCCAUCCAUCUCCAUAGUUAUAGUACUUAUAAUAUCCUGCCCUUGAUCAUCACAACAUUCAGUUGUUUAAGAUAUGACCAUAUCUAUAUUUAUAAUAUCAGCGUUGCAAGCAAUAAGGAAGCGUCAAUAGGAAAGUAAUCUGAUUAUCUUCCAUUAUGAGUUAAAACUGUCUUCGAGACUUGCUGGUGUGCUAUGCCACUAAUUUUGAGAAUAAAAGACUUAUAGCAUCACUUUUAUA